AUGUCUUCCUCGCCAUCUCCAUAUCCUUCUUCAAGCUACACCCCUCAUCGAAACUCUCAAUCCUACUCUGGUAUAGAUCCGAAUGCACCACCACCACCGCCGCCUAAACCAAAUUCCCGAGAUGUGAGUCGUCAAGGCACACCUGCGGGAACUGGAAAUCAAUCAUUUCCUAGACCUGGAGAACCAUCGGUGCAAUACGAAGGAAGACAAGAAAAUGUUCCACGAGAACAACCACAACAAAUACAAGAUCCGGGAGAUCAAUGGCUCCCGAACAUAUUGAUGGAUAAAUCGAAACAAGACCUCGCAUCCGCACUAUCCAACCCUGCCCUUCUAGCCGCCCUCACACAUUCAACAUCUACCGCACACCCAUCCAUUUCCACAUCACAAGAACCAUUAAAAUCUGCAUUAGAUGAUAAUAUCGCGCUAGCGACCCAUCUAUUGGAACUUGAGUCUCGACUUGAUCACCUGCGCUCCUCAACACAAGCUCAAUUAUUAUCUACACAUGCAUUGGAACGUCAAUGGAAACAAAAACAAUCCGAGAUGGAUAGAACUUUAGCUCCCUUCUCACCGAGCUCAUUAUAUCAAAGAUUAGGACAAGGUGUUCAGGAACAAGAAAUGAUAUGUAGAGCAAUGGAAGAAAGCUUUCUGGAGGGUGAUGGAGUUGCUACGGAAAGGGAAGCUAGUGAUUGGGUUAGAAAGUAUAGGGAAUCGAAGAAAGUUUAUUAUUCCAGGAGGGAAAGGAAAGAGAGGUGGGAUGAAGGAAGAGUUGGGGGUUGGAGAUGA